UUGUUUAAAGAUAUAGAAGAGAAUACGAAAAAGAAAUAAACACAUAUAUUAUACUUUAUAUUCAAAAGAAAUUUAUCAAUAAAAAAAUAGCAAUUCUAGCCGAAGGACGAUUUUUUACUUACUUGUAAGGUUCCGCACAAACGUCAAAUAUUUUUAUAACUUGAAAAGUUGACAAAAAUUUUUUUUGACUAUUUUUCAAAACAUUUCAUGACUUCAAACAAAGUGUUGUCCGUUUCCUAUCGUAAAAGUGAAAGCAGUAACUCGUGCGAAUUUACAACUUCGUCAUGCAAAGAACUUUACGAAAAAGAUAAAAUACAUAUUAAAAAAGUUGGACUGCUUGGCUGCGUCUCCUUAAUUGUUGGUACAAUGAUUGGGAGCGGAAUAUUUGCUUCAACAAAAGACGUUUUUAUUCAUUCACAAAACACUGGUACGGCUUUAUUAGUUUGGAGUGGUACUGGUAUUUUUGUAGCAUUGAUAUCAUUAUGCUAUGUAGAGUUAGGAACAAUGAUACCACUCUCCGGUGGUGAAUACAGCUAUUAUUUAGAAGCAUUUGGAGAAUUACCAGCUUUUGUUUUUUCUUAUACAUCAACUUUUUUUCUGAAACCAGCUGGAUUAGCAGCAAUUUUAUUAGCAAGCGGAAAUUACAUGGCCGAACCUUUUUAUGCUUCAGGAUGCAAUCUCGAGGAAAGAAAUCUGGUUGCUAAAAUCAUAGCAGCUUUUUUUUUAGGUUUGAUUGUAUUUGCAAAUUGUGCAAGCGUUCGAUGGUCUACAUAUAUUCAAGUUCUUUUUACAGCAGCAAAGUUGUUAGCAAUUGUUGUUAUUGUUGUUACUGGAUUAGUAAGAUUAAGUCAAGGGUACAACAAUGAGUUUAAAAAUCCUUUCAAGGAAUCAAACGUAAGUUUGUCAAAAUUAGGAUAUGCAUUUUAUGGAGGUUUGUGGGCAUAUGAUGGCUGGAAUAAUCUUAACCUUGUGACAGAAGAGUUAAGAAAUCCUAAUCAUGAUCUUCCACUAGCUAUCCUUAUUGGAAUUCCAUUAGUUGCCGUGUGUUAUGUCUUAAUAAACAUAUCCUAUCUCACUGUCCUCACAUCAGCAGAGAUUGCAACUUCAAAUGCUGUUGCUGUGACUUUAGCAGAUAGAAUAUAUGGUCACUUUGCAUUUUUGAUCCCUUUAUUCAUUGCUUUUUCAUCAUUUGGUUCUGCUAAUGGCUCAGCUUUUUCUGGUGGAAGAUUAUUACUUGUUGCUGCUAGAAAAAACCAUUUACCCAAAGUAAUAGCUAUGGUUCACUGUGAGCAACAAACACCUAUACCAGCUCUUGUAUUAACAUGUGUGUUGGCUUGGAUUUCAAUGAUUCCAGAAUCUACAAAUUUCACAACUCUUAUGACCUAUUUCAACUUUGUUUCCUGGAUAUUCUAUUCUUUAGCUAUAGUUGCUCUUUUGUGGUUAAGAUAUAAAAAACCAGAUGCAAAAAGACCAUUCAAGGUUUUCAUUGGAAUUCCAAUCAUAGUGCUAUUUUUCUCAGUAUAUCUUGUAGUAUCACCAUAUCAUGAUGAUCCUUUGGAAUCUACAUAUUGUCUUAUUGUUGUAUUAACUGGCAUACCUAUUUACUUUGGAUUCGUUAAGUAUCAAAUUGUACCACAAUUUGUUAUCAAGCUGUUUGAUAAGUUUACAAGAAUGGUUCAAAUAUUAGGAAAUCUCGAAAUGCCGAACAUUCCCGAUAUUAUUCAAGACCAAAAAGAAAAUGCGUUGAAUGAAGGGAUAUCAGUGCAGAUAUAAUGAAUAUAAUUGAACACUUAUCUGCUUGUGUCAAAUGCGUUUUUAUUUACAUAAUUUUUUGCGUCAAUUUGCCAUUUUAUGUAAAGCUUUAUGCAAUGCUCAUUAAAUAACUAUUCAAAUCUUUUUAUAACAA